AGCAACGCGCAGCGCGACGCACGUACUUGGUGUCACGCGGUCCAAGUCCUUAUUAUUUUCUCCGCGCACAUGAUACGAGUUUAUUUCGUCUCGAUUGAUAUUAUUGUAAAUUUGUCGUCCGGGUCGGCAAUACGGAAAUUUUUUUUCACCCUAUUAUUUUCGUCGUACAGCAGGACAGCUGCUGCCGCUGCGUCGGUAUUAUAAUAUUAUUAUUGUUGCAGGAUGAUAUAGUGACGAACGGAAAAUCAAAUUAAAUUAUAUCGCGAUCGUGUGUGUGCAUGUGUAUGUGUAUGUGUGCGUGUAUAGCUAGGUGUUCGUGCGCGUGUUCCCUUGGUUCUUCUUCUUCGUCUGUUUAAAAUUAAAUUGAAUUAGUUACAUAGAUUUCGGGCGGAAUUCACAAACAUGGCAACUACAUUAACCGUCGCUGGGAUGUGUUGGGCGACACUUUCAUUAGCAGCAUCAUUCCUAUGCAGUUUCGGAUUCUACUUACCAUUUUGGAUACAGGGUCGAUUAAUGGACAAGGCUGACGCGUACUUCAGCUCGUUCCGAAGGUGCAACUACCCCAGACUCAUGUCAGACGGAACGGUGGCGCUUGUGCACGAGUGCGGCCGAUACGCCAAGUUCAACGACAUUCCAAGUGUAUGGUGGCAGAUAAGUACGAUUCUCAUAGGAGGUGCGACUGCAAUCACGGUGAUUGUGGCGGUAUCUGCUGUAUCUGCAUGUUGCGUGACACAUGUUAUCCAAAAGUCGACAGCCAAAGUCGCCGGAUACCUGCAGCUGUUAGCUGCGGCUCUCGUGAGCAGUGGUGGUGCUAUUUAUCCGAUUGGCUGGGAUAAUAGAGAAGUGAAAGAGUCCUGUGGGAACAUAUCUGGACCAUAUAAACUAGGAACGUGUCAUCUGUCGUGGUCCGUGUACAUGCUGGGCUCUUCGGUGGCGCUGCUCUUGCUGUGCUUCUACCUGAGCUUCUACUCGUCCCGCGACAGCCCUGGAAGUUCAUUUCGUUCCAUCUGAUGAGUGCACGCUCAGGCCACAGCAUCCUCCUCCACACCCGACCCAGGAUACGCCGCUGGCCAUUAUUUCUGUCGCACGUGAAACGCACAUCGCCUGCAACCACCACAACGACAACGACGACGACGACGACGAAACGCAAUUCAAACCAACCAUUAUCGCUCAUUGUAAACUCUAAAACAAUAAUAAAUAAUAAUAUAUUAUAUCGUAUCGUGUUCGUCGAAAAUCGUAUUAUAACGGGUAGGUACACUUAUGAUAUCGCAUAAUCAUCAUCAUCAUUAUUAUUGUUAUUAUUAUUAUAUUUCAAUAACUGUGAGUAGUUAUAACUGUACGAAACGAACACCGAUCAUCGUUUAUUUUUUUUUUUGCAAUUUUUGGGUCUAAAUAAUAUAAGGUAGGUACCAUACCUACGACAUGUAAUGAUAAGUACCUAUUAUUUUGUUCUACAAAAAAUCACUGUGCUGCAUAACACGUUAUUGAAUAAUAUUAUAUUAUAUUUAAUAGGUAGUUAUGAUAAUAUUAUUCAUUCAACUAAUAUUAGAAUGUAGUCUUAACCGUAAACGAUGUAUCUUUGCAUAUAAAUAACUUAGUAAUAUUUCAAUCAAUUUGUCGUACGGAUGAUAGCGAUUGACAACUGAAAAUAAUAGUAAUGAUAUCAUAUUAUAUAUUAUGUAUAUUAUCGUUGUGUAAAUAUCUGUUAUUUUAAAUUUAAAUAUUUCAUUUGUAUUUGUAUUUGUAUUUUUUUUUUUUUUGUAUGUUUAAUGAUAGGUCGCAUUAUUAUUGCAUUGGAUUACCUAUGUUUUCCCAAAUUAGAAAAAUACUGAAAAUGUAAAAAAUAAAAUAGUUAAUUCAGCGUAACUAAACGUAUAAACGGCUACCCUACAAUACACUUAUGGGAGAACAUCUAUAGUAGUGGAGAAAUUAUUAUUGAAAUGUUAUUAUUAUUAUUAUUAUUUAAUCGUUUAAAAUUUCUUGUAAUCGAUACUACACUGUUUAGAUUAUUUGUUUACUUGUACAUAUUUUUAUUAUUCAUUUGACUACAAUUUAUGUAACUAUACAGUAUAAUAUAAUGAUUAAAAAUAAUUCACUUAAAAUAAAUACUUGAUUUCCAACUAAAUAAUUCCGUAUUGUACUAAUAACAUAUAACUACAUAAGUUUUUCUUAUUAUUUAACAUUGUGAUAUAAUUAACUACUAUAGCUCAUAAAAAUAUUAUAGUGUAUCGUAUUAUUUUGUUUGAUCUAAAUAACUUUAUUUCAACCUAACCUAUACUAAAAAGUUAUGGGAUUUUUUUUUUUUUAAUGAGAAUUUAUUAUACAGCAUAAAUUAAUUUUUAAACAAUAAUAAACUCUUUCUUAUGUGUGAUGUUCACUGAUGAUCCAGAUGAUCUGGAUGAACACAAAAUUAAAAUUGGUCAUAAUAUUACUCACACAAUUAUUAUUCGGUAAAUAUAUAUAAUAUUAUAUAUUUAUAAUAAUAUAAAUACUAUAAUCUUUAGUGUCAUAAAAUAUAAUUCAAGUGUCACGUACAAUUUGUCAAAUAUACGCAAACAUAACCAUUGUUAUAAUAAUUACCUAUUAUACUAUUAUAAUAUGCAAUAUUUAAAUAAUUACUGGUGUAACUCAUUGUAUAAUAUACUACAUACCUAACUACAUAAAAAUUAGAGUUUAUGAAAGAUGUUUACAUUUUUUUUUUUUUUAUCAUUAUUAUUUAAUAAAAUAAUAAUAUGUU